GUUUCCUCGGUUGGCUCGAGAGGUUUCGUUUCCAACAACAUUUUUUGAAAACAACUUCCCUGAAUAAACAUCCCUGAAUGACGGGUCACCACAGGAUAUGUGAUUUAAUUAGCUAGUUCUAUACGUUCUCUUUCUUUCUCAUACCCUUUAUUUAGGGUUAUAUUCCACCGAAGUUGCAUUACUUUUCAACGUUUUGUACAAUAAUUGUGUAGUAGUACACCACCAAUACAUUGGUUAAUCAACCAAACAUUUUGCGUUUUUUAUAGAGGUUACCAAGCUUUCUUAUUUUCGGGAAAUGAAACCGAAAGUUCUUAUAUAUGCUCUGCUGAAACGGAAUUGGUUAGAUCGGCAUAUAAUGCUGGCAUGAUCUGACAGGACGUUGCUACAAAAAGUUUCAGCACCCAUUUUUGAUUUUAAAUUAGCUCUUUAGUUCUGAAGAUGUCAAUAUUCAAUUACAAGGAGCGUUAUGGUUGCCGAAAGCUGUUGGCGAUGAUGACAAAUGAUGACAUAUCCUCACUUCGAUUUACUGUCACUAACAAAAAGAAGGAUAUUUUCGAGAGUACAUCAGAAUCAAUGAAUACCAUCCUUUCAAACACAGAGAAUGCAGAGGCAUUCCUGAAACGCAGGAAAGUUCAACGUGACUUCAUAUUCAGAUACCUGACGGAGGACGAGGGGGUUGUGAUACCCAAAAGCAGCAACAAAGACCAGCUAGUGAAGAAGGCCCUUGAGAUCUGGACUAUUAAGAAGGUGCGUCCACAAGAUGUCUGCUUCAGUGCUUUAACAAGAGCAGCAGAUUCUCAGAUAGGAAUGAGGUUUCCAACAGCACAUGUCCCCCCUCAGCCUGUCUACUCUAAGCCGCACUACACAUCCCAGAUGUUGGACCUUCAAAGCCCAGCAGCUGAGACCAAUCCAGGACCAGCUGUGACUAUUCUGAGACAAAUUGAGACCAGUUUGAGACCAAUUGGUCUGAGAACAAGUGAGAGCGUCUCUGUUUCCUCUGAGGCGACAUACAGUGGUGGCUUUGACCACCUGGCCUUGGCCAGACAGUUUUGUCAGUGGUUCUUCAAGCUUCUCAACAGUCUGAACCCCUCCCUGGGCCAGCCUCCUCAGGAGUGGGGACCACAACACUUCUGGGCGGAUGUGAGGCUACGUCUUCUCUCCAGCGCCGGAGAGCAGUAUACAGAGGAAUACGAAGGAGCAGCAAUGACCAGCCUGCGUCUCCUGGCCCUGGUGAGGGACGAGAGGCUAUUGUUGAGCCCCAACCUGGAGCCUAGUGGCCUGAAGGCCCUGUCCUCCCCCCACGGCCUGGCGCUGGUUGCUGUGGCAGGGACCAUCCACAGAGACAGAGAAUGUAUCGGCAUUUAUGAGCAGGCGUUUGGCUUGUUACGCUCCCCACUGGACCAGAACAAAUGGAAGAUCAAGUUCAUGGUCUUGAAGGUGAAGGGCCAGGAGGCUCUCAGGGUGGGAGAGAACCUGCUGUCUCCAAUAUUAACAUGGGAUUCCAAUGACCUGCAGCUCCUCUGUAGAUGAUGGGGGACCUGGUGUGAUCGUCAGCAGGGGUCUUCAACCGAGGGUCCGCAGGUCUGGAUGCUAACUAUGGAGACAUUUUAAGUUUCAUUUAGCUUUAUAAAAUGGUACAGUACAUUUAUUAUCAUGUAAUGCUUCAUAAGUUGCCUACUUCUAGGUUUACUCAUUGUCAGAAAAUGACUAUUUAACUGUUUUCUAGUUUCGUACAUUUUCCCCCCAGCUAAUCAAUCAUGAUACUGUAAUUGACCUCAGUAACUUCUGAUCUAUUUAUUCUAAUUAUUUGUUGCCUUUAUUUAGGAAUGAAGUCAUUGAGACCAAAAUCUAUUUUUUCAAGGGAGUCCUGCAUAGAUACACAUUUUACAUUAUAUCAACAAAGUCCAAAGGCUGUGAAAACUAGGCCACCACUCCCUUUUUCAUUUGUGUUCUUUCACCCUCAAUCUCUCUCUCCGUCGCGCUGUCCUCUCUCACUCUGUGUGAGAGUGUAGCCCAUAGGCCUGGCUCUGUGUGGUAGGGUAGAGAAUGCAGCAGUGACUGUGAUUUUGGUUGGAAAUGUUACAUGUGGGUUAUUCUUGGCAUUCCCUGCAAAGGAACUGAGCUAGUUAAUGUCUCUGUCGGUCGGGGCUCUGCGCUUUACUGGGCCAUAGUUGUGGCAGAGGAAACCACCACGGCCAUUGUUCUCUGGCUGUUCAUCUCACAGAAAGAAUAAUAACAAGUUGCCUGCCUUUAUGGCACUUGGCUUCCCUCCGUUUAAUAAGCGGUUUGGCCCAUGGAAUGGCUCUGACGCAAGAGCUUAAAAGAUACCUCUCAAAAACGACACAUAAUUGGUUAGUAAAGACCCUACUUAGUAUUUCCCACCACACUUUAGCUGAGACAGGUAUUAAAGUUCUCUCUACUGCCCAAUAUUCUCAACAUACCAGUAUCAAUUAUUAGUCUUAAAAAAAGUGAUUUGUUUUCAUAUAUUACUUUUAGCCUUUUCAUGUUGGCAUAAAAAAAGUGUCCAUUGAUAAAAAUUCCAUAUCUUUUGAAUGAGUUAUCCACAUUUCAAUGUUUUGAAAGGUUUUCUCAUUACCAUACUAACAUGACGUCAUAAUUUGUGCUGCUAGCAGUUGCUACGGAAAGUUUCAGCACCCAUUUCUGAUUUUAAAUGAGCUCUUUGUAGAUGGCAUGAUUGAAUUACAAGGAGCGUUAUGGUUGCAGACAGCUGUUGGGGAUAAUGACAAUGCAUGACAUAUCCUCACUUUACUGUCACUAACAAAAAUAUGGAUAUUUUUCGAGAGCACAUCAGCCAGGGUCAGUAGUCAAGCUUCGUUUUUUUUCUUGGUCAUUAAAGCUGGAAUCCUUAGUUUCUGUAUCCAUUUUUGACUUAGAAAUGAAUCAUAUCCCUUCUUGAAGAAUAUAACGCAGGCAGCCUAGUGGUUAGUGUUGGGCCAGUAACCGGAAGGUUGCUGUAUUGAAUCCCCGAGCUGACAAGGUAAGAAUCUGUCCUCCUACCCCUGAGCGAGGCAGUUAACCCACUGUUUCCCAGGUACCGUGGAUGUUGAUUAAGGCAGCCCCCCGCAUUGAUUCAGAGGGGUUGAGUUAAAUGCAGAAGACACAUUUCAGUUGAAUACAUUCAGUUGGACAACUGACUAGGUAUCCCCCUACCCCACCAGAACCCAAAAUAUAAGCAAUGUUUAUAAACGUCAACAAAUACUGUAUAGCCUCAACAUGGUUAAGGACUAUAAUUUUGAUGUCAUGGGUGGUCUGUCUUUGCAUCCAUAGCUCUCUAUGAAUUUGAGAGUGGGUUUGAGGACCUUUUAACUGAUGAUUGUGUUUUACUUUUCGUGUAUUGACGUGUUUAUGGAUGUCUAUUAUUGAUGUGUAUAGUGUGUGUUGAUGUGUAUGCAGGGCUCAUCUGUAAAAUAGACCUUGUUCUCAACAUGACUUCUUGUCGAAAUAAAGGUUGAAUCAAAACAA